CUUCAGGUAACUUAAACUAUCCCGUUCGGUUUAACUUUAUACACAUUCUUUCGCCAUUUAAUACAACUGGGUCGAAACCGCAUUGUCAAAUAACCAUCGGAGCAAAACAGAAUUCUAAAUGGAAGGGUAAUCGCACCCAACAUGGCCGCUGUUUCUGAUGUAUAUAUUGAACAAUGAAUUCAAAAUGAAAUCUAGUUAAAUUAAAUCGAAAGUGCUAGGUGAUAAAGGAAUUAACUAUAUUUGCUUUAGGAUACAUGUAUAGUGAAAGCUGAGAUAAACAGUUACGUUUUAUAUCGAUAUAGUAUCAUUAGUUUGUUUGUCAAUAUAUGAAACACUAUUUUAUCCUGUUUGGAAUUUGACAAAUGGUUUGCUAAUCGUUAGAAAGUUGGUUAUAUUUCAAUUUUACUUUGAUUGUUAUGGAUUAAUUGGCCAAUAUGGCUGAGAGAAGGUCUAAGAAUAUUAGUAAUAUAUCUGUUACAAAGGAACGAGCUGUGCCAUCGAAAAUAUCAGCCUCAGCUUUUGAUGAUGACGACCGCCAUUUUGACACGUCACUUGCAGCUGACGAGACGUCGAACAGGACCAGUAUUAAGCGGGGAUCAACAUCUACUGACAUUGCGGAGCUUAAUCCAAAAUUUGGUACAAGUACAUUGUCCAAAUCAGCACCCAUAGCAGAAAAAGUGGCUGCUGCACUCAAUGAGCAGGCCAACGCUGAAGAAAAUGGACUCACUAAUGGAAAUGGAAGUACGGACAGAGACUCUGAAGGCCAAUCUAGUAUUCAUUCAGAUGAGAUUGCUUCAUCCACCAGCUCUUUUGAACUAAGUGACCCGUCAUCAUCCAGUAGUAGCUGGGCAAAGUUUGCUCAGACAUAUUUUCAGACAAAAGGUUGCCAUAGUUACAGUUGUUCAUCCUUACAACAACCACUUCUUCCCAAGAAAGACAGAAGUGACCACUUGGCAUCUUUGGCAUCAUGGGUGACAAUUUUACGAAUAAUGGGAGAUCUUCCGGAUGCAGAUGUUGGUGAUACAUUGGCAGUAGCAGGGACUGCACCUGCUGUUGUAACCACAGUUAGAGAAUACUUCCAAAAAAAAUAUACAAAGAAAGACGUUGAAGAAACACAGAAAAGAUACUCAGAGCUGUUUAAAGACCCUGCACAUUCUGGAGUAACCAGUAUUCCAUUUUUACCUGAAAGAAGUGGUGGUAUGUUAGACAAAGUACAGUAUGUUACAGCAUUAGGAAUAUACAGACCAGAAAUCAGAGAUGAAUUAUAUUGCCAAGUUUGCAGACAAUUAACUAAUAAUCCUUCGAGAAACAGCACAGUCAGAGGUUGGGUUUUAUUAAGCUUGUUUGCUGGCAGCUUUGCACCAUCAGAACGGCUUGCCCCAAGUUUCCUACAGUUUUUAAAAGACAGUUCUCCAGUGUUUGCAGAAAAGGUAGAGAGAUUGGUUAGAAGGACCUUUAUUUCUGGUACACGUGGGUUUCCACCUAGUUGGUUGGAGUUUCAGGCGGCUAAGAAUGGAAAACCAAUAUUAAUUCCUAUAGCUUUGAUGAACAACCACAGAAUGUUAGUAACUGCUGAUUCUGUAACGACUGUUCAGGAACUUUGCCAUCAGAUCUGUGAUAGAAUAGGAAUAACAGAUGAUUCAGGCUUUUCUGUAUAUAUAACAUUGAUGCAAAGGAUAUCUUGCCUUGGUCAUGGUUUGCAUCGAAUUAUGGAUGCAGUUGCUGAAUGCGAACAGAACACAAAACAAAUGGGCAUGAGAGAAAGCAGUUCAGCUUGGAGACUUUAUUUCAGGAAAGAAUAUUUUGUUCCAUGGCAUAAUGCAAAAUUGGAUGAAAUUUCUACUGAACUUGUUUAUCACCAAGUGAUGAGAGGAAUAUCUGUUGGUGAAUACAAGUGUGACAAGGAGGAAAUUCUAGUCUUGAUGGCGGCUCAAAGAUAUUUUUGUGAAUCUCAAGAUAGUUUCGAACCAAUGAACUUGACAUCAUUUUUAAAUUCAUGGCUUCCAGAGGAAUCUAAAAAAGCAAAAGACAUGGCCUUUUGGGAAGAACAAGUGAAAAAGGCUAUUAAAGAAGAAUUUCCAAAAGGAAAAAAAGUGACAGCCGAAUCUCUUAGAGCUGACAUUGUGACAUAUGCAAAGGAUAAAUGGCAUUCGCAGUUUUCUAGGUUUUAUGAUGCAUCAAAAGUUAUAUCACCUGCAAUGACAUUACAGAAUGGAAUAGUUGGUGUAAAUUCAAAACAAAUUGAUAUUAUGGACGAAAAAGAAAAUGCGCGAAACCAUUUAACAUUUCUUGAAAUUGGAACUGUAUCGAGAACAAGGAAUUCGACGACCAUCACCACUUUGAGCGGUGAGGAAUAUGUUAUGCAUUCAAAUCAUUCAGAGGACCUCCAUUCUCAUCUCACACAAUUCUUAGAAGGAUUAAAGCGGAAAUCAAAAUAUGCUGUAGUUGUUCAGGAUUCAUCCCAGUUGGAAGGUGCAAUAGGUGUGAAUGUAGCCAAAGGAGAUUUAGUUAUAUUAGAUGGACCUUACGAAAAUUAUAUAGAUGCAGAUAUAAUUACGGGCAUGUGCAAACGUACGGACAAGAUAAGUGUGAUGCCACGUGAUUUGCUCUACAUACUUCCUACCCCUGAUGAACCUGCAGCUGACUCAAUGGGUAUGCUCACUAUGCAACUGAAAAAGGAUCCAACAGUAUUUAUUAAUUUAUCAGCUAGUGAAAAGACAGAACACACACUGGAAGCGUAUUCCAAAGUUCAUUUUCGACCUACCAAUGACAAUACUGUAACUAAGGUGCUGAAACAGGUAUCUUUUAGAAAAGAAAAGUCAACAACGCCUUGGCAAUUCUCAAAAGACCCAAUCAAGAAGCCAUUGCUACGCAAAACAGCAUUUAAAGAAGAACUACGAUCAACCAGUUGUCGAUGCUUUUUAGCUAUUCAGCAAUAUAUGGGAGACGCUAUCAAUAAGGACAGACUUGCCGAGUCAGAUAUAGUGAAUAACUAUAUUAUUAAUCCGGCUAUAAGAAGCCGUCACAUUCGAGAAGAAGUUUACUGCCAGUUAAUAAAACAGCUGACAAAUAAUCCUGACAAGGGAAGUCUAGAAAAAGGAUUCAAACUAUUAUACUUCUUGACUUCGACUGUGUCCCCAAGCUAUGAAUUAACCCAACACUGUGAAGCAUUUUUACGAGGAAACAAACACAAGUUGGCGAAGAUUUGCUUGGAUAGUUUGCGACGAACUAAGGAAGAUGGCUGUAGACGUUAUCCUCCUCAUACAAGGGAACAUGAAUCGUUCAGCUAUACUACUCAAAAGAUUUCUAUUCAGAUACGGUUUCCAUUUGGAGAACAGCAGACGUUUGACAUUGAACCAACAGAAAGAGUGGGAAGCUUUCGAAACAUGAUUGCUAACAAACUUGGCCUUGCAGUUGCAGAAGACUACGGGAUAUUCUUUGGAUUACAAGACAGAGGUUCCAACCUUUACUCAUCAUCUUUGGCUGUGUUGAUAAAUGCUAGAGAAACAGAAUAUUUCAUGGAUGCUCUUACACACGUAGAAAGGUUUUGGUUACGGCAACCGGAACCAAUUUCGCCAGGAACAUCAAGCACUACACAGAAAGUGGAUCUUACUAUAUUCUUUAUGAAGAAGCUGUGGGUUGAUGCUGUUCCAGGAGAGGAGGUGUUAUCAGAUGUUGAAUUUCAUUUUCCACAGGAAGUGCCAAAUUACCUUCGCGGCUAUCAUAAAUGUAAAAUGGAGGAAACUGUGAAACUGUCAUCUUUGUUAUACACUGCUCAGCAUGGUCAGGAUAUGACUGCUUUAAAGAAUUUAGAAAAGGACCAAUCGUUUUUAAUUCCACAAACAAUGCAUGGUGAAAAGCCAGGUAGUGAGUGGAAAUCACUUAUAGAAAGUAAUUUACAAAAUUACAAGUCCAUGAAGUCAGAAGACGCCAAAAUUGAAUUUCUGAAAAUAUUGAGUACUCUUCCCACCUAUGGAUCCGUUUUCUUUGAAGUGAAGCAAAGAAGUGUAAAGACUUAUCCGAAGAAUAUUUUGCUAGCUGUUAACAAAGAUGGUGUUAUAUUUCUUGAUGCAAGUAAUAAGGGUAUACUGGCAAGAUAUGGUUACAACAAGAUUCCAAACUGGGCUUAUGAUGAAAACUCAUUUACAUUGGUUGUUGGCGAAUCAUCCAGUGCUGUUAAGAUUUACUUAGAAACAAAUGUGGGCCAUAAUUUAGAUGAUAUUGUUAUGUGCUAUGUUGCCUGGAUGAUGAACAAGCACAUUAAGAAACGACCCAGUGCAGCUGGUGUUACUGUUGGAGAGUCCUCCUGUUGAUCAAUAACUCACAAGUUUUAUUAUAUCAUUAUAAAGAUCUAAUAUAUUAUCGGGAAAUUUUCGUAUAUCCUUAUUUUAAUUAUUUGUAAAAGAUAUGGAGAUAUACCGUUAAGUAUGAAUGUAUUAACAUAGCAUGAUAAACACGAAGACAUAGCCCUUGAAAUAUGGUUGCCAAAUUUAUUUGAUUUCUUUGGAACGCAUUAAUCACCACAAUCAAAGGAAAUCAUUCACUCUGCUGAAUAAAAUAACAACAUAAGUUUAUAAAUAAACUUUAUUUUGUUUGGGUUAUUUGCCAGAAUGAAUUUCUAUUCUUUAAAAAAGAGACUUGUGAUAAGUGUAAUAUCAAUUAUAAAAGUGUUUAUGUGAUGACAAUAAACUUUAGUUUAAUGCUAUAACGUUUUUUCUAAUUUCUUGAUAAAAUCAGUGUAUAUACGUUUAUUUUAUUUAUGAUAUAUAGUCAGCCAGUUAUUGUGUUCAUUGAAUGUCUUGUUUUGAUAUACAUAUUUUACUUCCACUCACUCAUUUUAAUCCACAUCAUAUAUGAUUAUAU